ACGCUGUCGCCAUAGCAACCGACUCUGACGCUUUCUUUGCCCUGGUCCACUGAAGACUUCUCUCUGCUUUUCCGGCAAAGGCUCCGAACCUGCGGCGCCAUGUCGGUGAUCGUGGCCCAAGCGCUCCACAUAUUUGGCUUCCAGUCCCGAGUGGCCAAUAAUAUUUGUUUCUUUGACGAGCAGAUCAUAGUGUACCCCGCGGGAAACAGCUGCGUGAAGUAUCACAUAGAGCAAAAAUGGCAGAAGUUCAUCCCAGGCUCAGAGAAAAGUCAAGGGAUGCUUGCACUGGCAAUUAGUCCAAAUCGGCGCUAUCUUGCCAUUUCAGAGACACUCCAGGAUAAACCUACUAUCACAAUUUAUGAACUGUCCGCUGUCCCAUGCAAGAAACGAAAGAUCCUGAACUCCUUUGAUUUUUCUGUCCAGGAAUUUAUCAGCCUGGCGUUUUCCCCAGAUUCUAAGUAUCUAGUGGCACAGACAGGGCCUCCUGAUUCACAUCUUGCCUAUUGGAUGUGGGAAAAGCAAAGAACAAUGGCUAUUAUUAAAGUUGAUGCUCAGAACAAUCCUCUCUAUCAGGUGAGCUUCAAUCCGCAAGAUAACACUCAAGUCUGUGUUACAGGAAAUGGAAUUUUUAAACUUUUCAGAUACACAGAGGGAACCUUAAAACAGACUAACUUUGUGCGGGGAGAGCCUCAAAAUUGCCUGUCCCAUGCCUGGCUCUCUGAAGAGAAGGUGAUUGUCGGAACGGACACAGGCAGGCUCUUGUUAUUUGAUUCUGGUGAUCUACGCUGGGAGACCAGUAUUGAGCGCAAAGAAACAGUCUCUGCAGCAUCAAAAGAGGACCAAAUGCAGGAAUCAACAGAUAGCCUCAUUGAGUAUCCUCCUACCUCUUCCCCUGAAUACUCCGCUGAAAUGGUUUGUGAAACAGAAGCACAGCAGCAAGCAUCUCUUCCCCGUGUCUCUGCUGUUGCUGCAUAUUCUAAAGGAUUUGCUUGUGCAGCUGGCCUAGGAGUCGUUCUAUUGUUUGAAAGGUCAGAUGAGAAAGAAGGUUACAAAGAAUGCCGAGAAAUACGGAUUCCACAAGAUGAAUGCAGCAAUGAGCCGAGCCAGUCAGACAAACAGGAGGUUGUGUGUAUUGCCUUCAGCCCUGCAGAAGAGUCUCUCCUCAUCAGCACUAAUAAAAACCAGGUCUAUUUACUCUCUAUGUCAGCAGCUGAGAUAAGCAAGGCAGAGAUAGCUCACUUUGAAUACUUAAACUUCCCUAUACAUUCUUCUGCCAUUACUGGCUUGGAUACCUGCAUUCGCAAACCCCUUGUUGCUACCUGUUCCCUGGACAAAUCUGUUCGCAUCUGGAAUUAUGAAACCAAUUCAUUGGACCUAUAUAAAGAAUACCCAGAAGAAGCGUACUCACUCACCCUUCAUCCUAGUGGUCUCUAUGUUUUAGUUGGUUUUGCUGACAAACUGCGACUUAUGAAUUUGCUUAUUGAUGACAUUCGAACUUUCAAAGAUUUCACUGUACGAGGCUGCAGAGAGUGUACUUUUAGUACAGGAGGUCAUCUAUUUGCAGCAGUAAAUGGAAAUGUGAUACACAUUUACAGCUCCACAACUUUUGAGAAUAUUAUUAACCUCAAAGGACACAACGGGAAGGUGCGAUCAGUCGUUUGGAGCAUGGAUGAUUAUAAACUGGUCUCCUGUGGCACAGAAGGGGCAGUGUAUGAGUGGAACCUCCAGACUGGCAAGAGGGAAUCUGAGUGUGUUUUAAAAUCUUGCAGCUACAAUGGAGUGGCCAUAUCCCCUGAUUCAAAAGUUGUCUUUGCAGUUGGAUCUGAUCAUUCCAUUAAGGAGAUUUGUGAUUCUUCGAUCCUGCGAGAAGUACCCACAUUUGAUGUUGUCUACACAUGCAUAGUGGUUGCUCAUUCUGGGCGCAUGGUAUUCACUGGAACGUCUACAGGGACCAUCCGAUCCAUGAAAUACCCACUCCCUGUCCAUAAGGAAUACAAUGAGUAUCAAGCCCAUGCGGGUCCAGUCGCCAAGAUGUCCAUAACUGCUGAUGAUCAGUUUCUGCUAACAUCUGCAGAAGAUGGCUGCAUAAUUAUCUGGAAAGUAUAUGACAAAGAGGGACGAGGAUUGAAAAGAGAAAGAGAUGUGCCAUAUUCUGAUGAAGUAUUGAUUACUAAAACAGACAUGGAAGAGAAGACCCAGGUCAUGGUAGAACUGAAAACACGUGUAGAAGAGCUGAAGAUGGAGAAUGAGUACCAGCUGCGUCUGAAGGACAUGAAUUAUAAUGAAAAGAUUAAGGAAUUAACUGAAAAAUUCGUCCAAGAAAUGGAAUCACUGAAAACCAAAAACCAGGUAUUAAAAACAGAGAAAGAAAAACAGGAAGUGCAGCACCAAGAGCAACUUGCAGACCUAAUAGAGAAACAGGCAAGGGAGGUGCAAGAUCUAGAAUCUGGCAACAAUCAGAAGCUGUUGCUUGAAUAUGAGAAGUAUCAGGAACUGCAAAUGAAAUCCCAACGCAUGCAGGAGGAAUAUGAGAAGCAGCUCCAUGAAAUGGAAGAGAGCAAGAGCCAGGCAAUGGAGGAACUAACAGAAUAUUAUGAGGCAAAGCUGCUUGAAAAAACCACACUGCUGGAAGAGUCUCAAAAUGAUGUAAGACAACAGCUUCGCGAAUUUGAGGAAACAAAGAAACAAAUUGAAGAAGAUGAAGAUCGAGAAAUCCAGGACAUAAAAAUAAAAUAUGAGAGGCGGCUUCGAGAGGAAAGAGAAUCCAAUCUGCGGCUAAAGGGGGAGACGGGAAUAAUGAGGAAAAAGUUCAACAGUCUCCAGAAAGAGAUUGAAGAACGCUGCAGUGACAUUGAAGGACUGAAGUUGGAGGUACAGAAGCUGCAAGGAGUUAUUAAGGCCUUAGAGAAGGACAUCCUGGGACUGAAAAGAGAGAUUCAGGAAAGAGAUGAGACAAUCCAAGACAAGGAGAAGCGAAUUUAUGAUUUAAAGAAGAAAAAUCAGGAACUGGAGAAAUUCAAAUUUGUCCUAGAUUACAAAAUAAAGGAAUUGAAAAAGCAAAUAGAGCCACGUGAAAAUGAUAUCAAUAAUAUGAAGGAGCAGAUCGAGGAGAUGGAGGGAGAGCUGGGACGCUUCCACAAGCAGAACACACAACUAGAACUAAACAUAUCAGAACUGCGGCUAAAGCUGAAAGCUACAGACCGUGAGAUGCACAAAGAGAUGCAGAAGGAGCGAGAUAUGGAAGCACUUAUCAAGCGUUUUAAAACAGACCUUCACAACUGUGUGGGCCUGAUCCAGGAGCCUAAAAAAUUGAAGGAGAGCAUCAAGGAUAUCUAUGUGAAGUAUGUGCAGCGGGUGGAUAUGGUGGAAAUUGUGGGGGUGGACACAGACUUGCACCAGGAGUAUACACGGCAGCGAGAGCACCUUGAGCGCAAUCUGGCCACCCUGAAGAAGAAGGUGAUAAGGGAUUAUGAAAUGCAUCGUUCAGAUUACGUGCGCAUCAUGCAGGAAAAUGUGAGUCUCAUCAAAGAAAUAAACGAUUUGCGUAGAGAACUGAAGAUCACCCGCACUCAAGUUCAUGAACUCCAAUCUACACUAGGACUUCUUAGAAAACGCAAGAAGCAAUCAGCUGUAUCCACAGGUUCCUCCCCUGAUCUACAGUCGAGUUCAGCCAUCCUGCGUUUGAAUCCUGAGGAAGAAGCUGAGAGGAUAAUUGAAAUGCAACGUUUGGAAAUUGCAUAUCUCCGAGAACUAAUAGAAGGACAGGACAGAGCCCUUGCGGUCCGGCCUACGUCGGGUAGGAAACUUCCCAUGCUGGAACUAGACGCACGCAGUAGUGUAAAAUCACAGUGACCUCUGCAGAAGGAGCUCCAAACCACAACUUAACUUCUCUCUUGUCAAGGACUCCUAUGCCAGCCUACAGAUGAUUAUAUUGUUAUUGUUUGUAAAGCCUUACUAAUUCUGGAUAGAAAUAGAAGCUGAAAGGAAAUAAUAAAGAAUUCAGACUGGGUUGUCUA